AUGCAAACCGUCCGGCAUCUGAGCAAAACCAUGACGAUAACCAAUUUGGAACAAGUCCAUGCACCUAUAUUCUUUCAGAAAAGGAAAAAAAUCCCUGCGGUUUGGAUGAGAGCAGGAACUUCAAAGGGUCUUUUCCUUCAUCAGAAAGAUCUUCCUGAUUCCUCCCAGUCUUGGGAGUCCAUUGUUCUCUCGGCCAUGGGUUCGGCACAGGCAAACUCGCGACAGGUCAAUGGGGUCGGUGGUGCGACGUCAACAACAUCUAAAGUAGCUAUUGUUGCGAGAUCAAAGCGACCGAAUAUUGACAUUGAUUAUACAUUCAUACAAGUCGCUCCAGAUCAACCAAGGAUUGACAUGACUGGCAACUGCGGUAACAUUGCAUCCGGAGUUGGGCCAUUCAGUCUCGACGAGGGUAUUGUGAAAGCUCGUCCGGGCCAAUCCGAGAUCGAUAUUCGGAUCUUCAACACCAAUACUGAACAGAUCAUUAUCGAGACCGUUCAGGUAGCUCCAGACGGAACCUCUCGGGAGGAUGGAGAAUAUCAGCUUGCCGGUGUGACUGGUACCGCAAGUCCAAUCAAACUAGCUUUUGUCGAGCCACAAGGUAGCAUGACUGGAAGCAUGUUUCCAAGUGGUAUGAAACAACAGUUUCUGAGUGUGGAUUCUCAAACUCGCGGGACGUUCUCAGUACGCGUAAGCCUGGUUGACGCCGCAAAUCCAUUCGUUCUUGUUGAUGCAUCUUCGCUGCCCUUUUCGAGUGACUCCUUACACAUGAAGAAUAACGACAGCAACUUCCUUUGUGUUGUUGAGGAAAUUCGACGUGCAGGCGCAGUCCAAUUCGGACUCGCCAAGGACACGGCCGCGGCCGGUCUUAUCCGUGGAACACCCAAGAUCGCAUUCUUGUCAGAAACCACUUCAGAUCUUAAACAGGCGGACAUUGACGUGCUUUCAUUUUCCAUGGGCAAGAUGCAUCCAAGUCUCCAACUGACUGGCGCAGUAUGUAUCGCAGCUGCGAUGGCCACUCCUGGUACAGUCGCAUGGGAAUUGGCGGGAGGGAAGAGACUUGAAAAGGUCCCGAAACAUGGCAUGUUGGUUGCAAAUCAGGAGAUUGCACCGCCUUUGCCAGUUGGUAUUCGGCAUCCUUCUGGUAUCAUCCAUACGGAGACCAUGUUGAAAAUGGAUCAAGAAGGAGACGUACGGGUGGAAAGGGUUGCCGUAUUACGAACUGCCCGUCGGCUCUUUGAGGGAAAUGUCUUCUAUUGA